AUGCCUGGAGAUCAAUCGGAAAACCGUCUUCUUGAUUGGUUGCAGCAGCAGCCAGAUGAUCCGCUGCGACCUGAUACCCCCGUCGAGAAUGCGGACACGACAUCUGCUACCGAAGUGCAGCGCGUGGGCCUUCGUGGAACAAGCGAUGCAGCUGGUCCAAGGAGUUCAUUAGAUGAUGUCCUUCACCAUGAUCCCGGAGCACGCGGUGACCUUCCCGAGACCAUCGGUCUACCAGAUUCUCUGGCAUCUUCAUCCCCCACAGUCAACCGGGAAAGCAUCAAUUGGAAUAGAUCGGACAAUUCUCUGGAGGACAUUUUGCAAGUCGGUGCUCCAGCGAUACCAUCUGCGCCAUCGACAAAUUCACGGCAAGCAGAGAGAUUACCACUUGGAAGGCCUCUCAGGCGCGUAAAGAGACGAACGACCCGAUAUACCUACGAUAAAAUCCUUGAGAAUGCAGGAGAAGUUUUGGAUUACAUCAAGCACGGCAAUGUGUGCAAGAGGUCUCGUCACGAUGGCACCUCAAUCAUCUACUACGAUUAUUCCGAAGGAAUCAGAUCAGACCCGAAAGUGAUUAAUGAAGCCUAUCAAAUUUCGGCUCUAGGCUACCCUCCGCAAGAGGUCAGCCAACGUCUUUUAAUCGUGGAGGAUUUGUCUAAGCCGACAAUAGAUGCACUCGGGGAGACAUUCAGCAUCAACCCGGAAUUUUUCGAAGAGCACUUGCUGAAUUCCGGAUAUGCGGGUCCGGAUUAUGACAUGCUACCUGCUCGGACAUGGCCGACAGCACAUCUGAAAAAAUCAUACUGUUCGAUGAGAUGGAUUCGUCCUGUUUAUCGACAGCCCAUGUACUCUUCGAAUCGCACUAUGAGAGAUCUUGUCAAGGCUAGCACAAAAUCUAGCAAUACUGCAACACAGAAGGACCAAAAUAGUGAUUUGUCCUACUGGUCGGACGAGGAGAAGGAAAAUGAGAAUAGUGCGGAUGGGGUUGAACAUUUCACACGUUACGGGGUCGUCACUACGCGAGUCUCUACCAACAUAUUUCGGUCGGACUGGGCACUCUGGACUGACCCUGCAAAGACGGCAAAUAUGAAGCGAGAAUGUGGACUCGAAGAGAGACUGUCGAUCUGGAAAGGUACCCUUCUAGGACGAAAUUGUGAUAUUGUGAUCAUUCUUUCUGACCCUUUGCCGCAGGUAGAUGAAGAACACCCAGCACCGGAGACCAUAGAUUAUGAUUCAGGUAUCUCAGAGACAGAUAUCGACUCCGCUGAAAAGGGUAUUGCUCAUUUGAUACACGAGACAACGCCUCGGUUUAUGGGAGAUGCGACCAUAUCAAAGCCUUGGGAUUACAUGAUAAAAAGUCGAAAGCGCAAAAGAGUAGUCCCUGCCAGCACAAACUCCGAGAAGAACAUCCCACUCUUCUCCCAUAAAGUGAUUAUCAAGCAGAUCGCUCCUCGCCAGGAACUUGCAGUCGACCUGGAUCAUGUUUUUCGGACAUCUGAAUCAACAAAAGAAUUCGGACAAGGCCUCGGAUAUCCAAGAUCAACCUCAGAGGGAAUCCGUGAAGAGAUUGAACAACAGACUGGGCAAGCUAGUUUGACUAGGCCUUUAAUCCGAAUUAUCAAGCAGGAUAGUCUGGCGCUUUUGAAGCAGCUGGGCCACGUGUUUGAUGAGAUCGAAACAGGAAUCUUGGAUGAUAUAAAGAUGGAAGACCGACUAUCAUCCUGGCGACAAGUCAUUGGCCGUGCGCAACGCGAGUUACCCGAGCUUCAAGCUUACCUCGAGCCUUUUCUUGCCUUUGUUGCCUCGCUUCAUCCUACCCGUAUAGGCGAGAGCGGCUCAAGCAUAGAAUCAGAUGUCACAAAAGACAUCCAGGAGCUCAUGAAUGAGAUAGCACAUGUAUCCAGUCGGCUCCAGCGGACUUCGGCUUUGCUCACAUCCAAUAUGGGCUUAUUGGAUAGCCGGCGCUCUAUCGACGAAGCUCUAGCUGUAACCAGAUUGACCGAGCUCGCAUUUUUGUUCGUCCCUCUCUCCUUCGCAGCAACCAUCUUCGGCAUGCAGGUCGACCCAUUAGCCGAUAACGUGCCGAUACGAUCUUUCUUCAUUGUAGCUAUCGUGGUCACGGCAUUUGCCUACCUGAUGCGGAUGACCAUGCGGAGCAGAUGGAUUGCCUACUUCAAGAUGUUCAUGAGAAACCAACUCCAGAGGUACGCCGAAAGUCACGGCCACUCGAUCCCAACUCGUUCCAUCCCGAUUCUUCUCUCGCUUCAGUAUAUGGGAAAUCGACUUCGGGUUGGCGUGAAGCGAGGCCGAAGAUGGAUACUCAGAACGGCAAGGACGUUGUGGCGUGUAUUUGGGUUCGUAAUUCUAUUCAUUGGCGGAAAUGGGGCUGUACUGGCGGCACCGCUUGCUCUUCUCUGGACAAGAGACUUGGAUUUCCAUAUUCAAAUUGCAGCGACUGUCUCAGUACUCAUGCUUGUCUUAAUGACCGUUGGGCUUUCGAUCUGGCGUAUGUCACGCUCCGAUCCGGCCUUUCGGUCUGCACUGCCGCGACUGGCCAUCUCUAUCUAUCGGCGCUUCCCAACAUGGGCCCAGGGAGCACUGAUUUUCUUGAGUCUGUCCGCUUUAUGCCUGGUCAUACCAGUGUCGCUUAUAUGGACUAGCCCGCUCGCGAUGGGUAUCAAGUGUGGACUCAUGGUCCUGGCAUUUUUGCCUGUCGGAUUUGCUGUAGCGUUCAAGUUUUUCUGGUGGUUUAUGAAUUACACAUAA